GUUUAGUAAUCAGACCCACAUGAGUCACGCCAAACACGCAGCCCCCUCCUGAUGGAGUGACAACUGGUCAGCAUACUCUAGGCUGUUGUCCCUUUAAAACUUGAAUCCAAAGAGGUAAUGAUUUAUCAAACUUGUAUUAUCAAGAAAAUGUCAAACCAAGGGCACCUUGCUUUGCACUGACGCAAACCCGGCCUUUCCCAAGGAGAUAUAGAAAGCGCCUCUCCUGCGGGAGCCAAACCCAGUCUUGUCAAUAGCGGGUUUCACCCUCCACCGGUUCAAUCUGUUGCCUGUGUCAGACAUGGAUUGCAGUGCUCCCAAGGAAAUGAAUAAACAGCCAGCCAAGAGUCCGGAGGCGGCAGCGGCGCAGGGCCACCCGGAUGGCCCAAGUGCGCCCAGGACGAGCCCGGAGCAAGAGCUUCCUGCGGCUGCCGCCCCGCCGCCACGUGUGCCCAGGUCCGCUUCCACCGGCGCCCAAACUUUCCAGUCAGCGGACGCGCAAGCCUGCGAUGCUGAGCGGCCAGGAGUGGGGUCUUGCAAACUCAGUAGUACGCGGGCGCAGGCGGCCUCGGCAGCUCUGCGGGACUUGAGAGAAGCGCAAGGCGCGCAGGCCGUCCCCUUUCCUGGGAGCUCCGGGCCCGGCAACGCGCUGCACUGUAAGAUCCCCGCUCUGCGAGGCCCGGAGGGGGAUGCGAACGUGAGUGUGGGCAAGGGCACCCUGGAACGGAACAAUACCCCGGCCGUGGGCUGGGUGAACAUGAGCCAGAGCACCGUGGUGUUGGGCACGGAUGGAAUCACGUCCGUGCUCCCGGGCAGCGUGGCCACCGUUGCCACCCAGGAGGACGAGCAAGGGGAUGAGAAUAAGGCCCGAGGGAACUGGUCCAGCAAACUGGACUUCAUCCUGUCCAUGGUGGGGUACGCAGUGGGGCUGGGCAAUGUCUGGAGGUUUCCCUACCUGGCCUUCCAGAACGGGGGAGGUGCUUUCCUCAUCCCUUACCUGAUGAUGCUGGCUCUGGCUGGAUUACCCAUCUUCUUCUUGGAGGUGUCGCUGGGCCAGUUUGCCAGCCAAGGGCCAGUGUCUGUGUGGAAGGCCAUCCCAGCUCUACAAGGCUGUGGCAUUGCGAUGCUGAUCAUCUCUGUCCUAAUAGCCAUAUACUACAAUGUGAUUAUUUGCUACACACUUUUCUACCUGUUUGCCUCCUUUGUGUCUGUACUACCCUGGGGAUCCUGCAACAACCCUUGGAAUACACCAGAAUGCAAAGAUAAAACCAAACUUUUAUUAGAUUCCUGUGUUAUCAGUGACCAUCCCAAAAUACAGAUCAAGAACUCGACGUUCUGCAUGACUGCCUAUCCCAACUUGACAAUGGUUAAUUUCACAAGCCAGGCCAAUAAGACAUUUGUCAGUGGAAGUGAAGAGUAUUUCAAGUACUUUGUACUGAAGAUUUCUGCAGGGAUUGAAUAUCCUGGCGAGAUUAGGUGGCCACUAGCUUUCUGCCUCUUCCUGGCUUGGGUGAUUGUGUAUGCAUCCUUGGCUAAAGGAAUCAAGACUUCAGGAAAAGUGGUGUACUUCACAGCCACUUUCCCGUAUGUCGUGCUCGUGAUCCUCCUCAUCCGAGGAGUCACCCUGCCUGGAGCUGGAGCUGGGAUCUGGUACUUCAUCACACCCAAGUGGGAGAAACUCACAGAUGCCACGGUGUGGAAAGAUGCUGCCACUCAGAUUUUCUUCUCUUUAUCUGCUGCAUGGGGAGGCCUGAUCACUCUCUCUUCUUACAACAAAUUCCACAACAACUGUUACAGGGACACUCUAAUCGUAACCUGCACCAACAGUGCCACAAGCAUCUUUGCCGGCUUUGUCAUCUUCUCCGUUAUCGGCUUCAUGGCCAAUGAACGCAAAGUCAACAUUGAGAAUGUGGCAGACCAAGGGCCAGGCAUUGCAUUUGUGGUUUACCCAGAAGCCUUAACCCGGCUGCCUCUCUCUCCAUUCUGGGCCAUCAUCUUCUUCCUGAUGCUCCUCACUCUUGGACUUGACACUAUGUUUGCCACCAUCGAGACCAUAGUGACCUCCAUCUCAGAUGAGUUCCCUAAGUACCUGCGCACACACAAGCCAGUGUUUACUCUGGGCUGCUGCAUUUGUUUCUUCAUCAUGGGUUUUCCAAUGAUCACUCAGGGUGGAAUUUACAUGUUUCAGCUUGUGGACACCUAUGCUGCCUCCUAUGCCCUUGUCAUCAUUGCCAUUUUUGAGCUCGUGGGGAUCUCUUAUGUGUACGGCUUGCAACGAUUCUGUGAAGAUAUAGAGAUGAUGAUUGGAUUCCAGCCCAACAUGUUUUGGAAAGUCUGCUGGGCAUUUGUAACCCCAACCAUCUUAACUUUUAUCCUUUGCUUCAGCUUUUACCAGUGGGAGCCCAUGACCUAUGGCUCUUACCGCUAUCCUAACUGGUCCAUGGUGCUUGGAUGGCUAAUGCUCGCCUGUUCUGUCAUCUGGAUCCCAAUUAUGUUUGUGAUAAAAAUGCAUCUGGCCCCUGGAAGAUUUAUUGAGAGACUGAAGUUGGUGUGCUCACCACAGCCGGACUGGGGCCCAUUCUUAGCUCAACACCGCGGGGAGCGUUACAAGAACAUGAUCGACCCCUUGGGAACCUCUUCCCUGGGACUCAAACUGCCAGUGAAGGAUUUGGAACUGGGCAGCCAGUGCUAGUCUAGUGGUGUGGGAUGGUCCAGACUUGAUUCUGUUCUUCCUCUCUGCCUCCUUUUAACGUUUUCAGUAACUUUCCUCCCAUUUUUCCUCAUCUUUUCCCCUACAUCUUGGUUCACAUCCAUGCAUGAGUGAUUAUGUAGAAAAGUAGGCGUACUGUUGCAUGCUGUAGUGAAGAGCUAGACAGACCAACCAAAGCGCUGUUUGCCUGUGCCCAUGGUGACUGUUUCUGGUCAGGUUGGUCCCUUGGGCACACAUUUUACCCUGCAGGGGAGGAUCAGUUAGGUGAGUGCUGGUAGGUAUGCAUGGUUUGGUCAACAGAGACAGAUCCACUGUGUGAUGUCGUGGGGGGUACCAGUAAGGCAUAUAUAGAAUGGCAGAAUUACAAGAGCUAACUUGGACUCGAAUGAAACUGAGCAAUGUAGUGAUCUUGUUCAGACACAAAAAGUUCAAGACAGGCUUUAUUUUUGGAGAGACAGCAGUGGUCAGAAAAUGUUUCAGAUGUAAGACAAGACCAUUCAAUUUGGACACCACUGAGGUGAUUAAGUUUACAUUUCCGGUCACCACUGGGGAUCUGUUUCCUUCAUUUGGAUCAGCCAUCCCCCGUAACCCCUAACUCAGACACUACAGUCUGCACAUUGUGACUUUGAUGGAACUGUCAGUUCUCUUCCCUUGUUUUUGUUUGAAAUAACUACGUUUGUGAGUUCUUUUGGUGAUUUCUUCCACCUCUGCCCAAGAAGCCAUCACAGAAGGUGUGCCUCAUUUUGUAUGUCCAUAGUAGAGCUCCAUGCUAGUUUCUACAUGAUGUUUAAGACCACGGUUCAAUGUCAUGAUCCUGUGUUUCUCCUCUAAAUGUCUUUCUACAAGCUGUAGAUACCUUGUCUUUUGACCUCUGGGAAAACAAGACUUAUCCUGGUUUUGUCUAUAUAUUAUAUAUAUAGGACACGAGCUCUUAAAAGGCAGAUAACUUCUCAAUUUUUACUCUUAACUUUUUCAUUCACAGUAAUGCCAGUUGUGGUCCUAGAGAAGUCAAAGAAAUGGAGAGUUUAAUAGAAAUCAACCACAAUAUUCACUGCACUGGUAAUACAUUUUAGGACAUGGUAUUUAUAGAACUUUCUGAUAAAUACAGCUUAGGUAAGUAGCAAGUGAGCCAAUUAAGACUAUAGCUUUUAAGACUACAUUUAGCUGAUUCAAUUUUAAGAGUUCCCUAUUCGCAGUACUCAUUUUAACUGCACUCUAAUGAGAGCAGAUCAUAUGUCUGCAGAAAUUGGCGAAGUGUAACCUUUAUUAUCUUCUCGUAUCCUGAACAUGCAUAUAUGAAAUUUUAAAAAUGUGACACGUGUUCAUGUAGUGUGUACUUGUAGUGGUGUUUUCCGUCCUUAUAAAUAUCUUAUGAAUUCUGUAGAAAUGGUGAGUUUAGUAUAGUUUAGUCUGGGGAUUUUAUUUUCCCUUACAGUAAUAAUAUCUAAACCUAAAUUGUUUCCUUUAGGGGAGAUCAUUUCAAUCAUUUUCUUCAUUUGUCUUCACGGUACAGGGUCUCAGGCAAAGUUUUCAGUUCAAAUCUUGUAUAUUGUUGCGGCAUUUUCAUCCUGUUUAACAGCAAUGAAACCCAACAGCAGACUUUAAUGUAACGUUUUCUUUAAAAAAGAUUUCAUUUGUUAAAAAAAGUCUCAACUCAUUUUACUGAGCUCUCCCUUUUCUAGGGCAAGUAUCAUUGCCAUUUGCUAACAUCAAUAUGAACUUCUGGUUUUUAAGAGUAGCUUGUGAAAGGUUUUAGAACAGGAAACAAAGAUGGGUUCUGAACUUUAGGUUUUCAUGUCUUUUGUCUGCAGUGUAUAUUUGUUCUCCCCUCUCAUUCUCCUGCUUUCCCCUCCUUGUCUCCCAAGGCUUGAACUUGCUUGAGUCUAUCACAAAGACUAAACACUGAGCUUCCCCUAAACUUAGGUUUAAGAAGCUGAGCUGGGGCCUCAUCUGUCUGCCAUGAACACAGGUUUCUCCAAGAAAGCCAUAUUGAUGAGAUGCCCUCAAUUACUGUAGCAGAUGUCGCAUAAUGGUACCCAAAAUUAUCCUCUCCAAUUGAUACCUGGUAAAGUGAGAGGAGCCGAGAAUAACUUAGGCCUGGAAAUUAUCUGCAGGCUUUCCAAUGUGAAGGCUGAGAAAAAGAGCUUAAAUCAAUUAGCAUUCUCUCAUGGGACUGGUAUGUUUGUGUCAGGAUGAAUGGUUUUUGGCUUUCCUCUUGCCUCUUGGCUAAAACUUGAGUCUGAUGCUGGAUGCCAACCCAAUUUCUGUUAAUUAUUGCUUUUGUGAUUAAGAGAACAUGGGGUGGGGGGGUGGUUCCCACAGAUGCUGCCAGGUUUGUUUUGUACAAACUGAAAGUUGACUUAAUUGUGAGAAUGGAGACCUUGUUGCUAGCUGCGUGUUUUGUAUCUGGGGGCAUUUACAUUUGUGUUAAUUAUGAUUUGUCCACGUAAGACACAGUAGCUGCUCCCUUAGCAGCUUCCCCACUCCCCACCUUUCACUAUAGUUUUCAAAUUUUCCCUUUGUUUUAAAGGGACAUUCUGAGGUGAAAGGUUCCAAACUUACCUGGAAAUGGUAACCUUGUAAAUUUAGCUUGUCUAAUGGAUUGUUUCCAUGCUAUUAAAAUGUACAGUCAAUUGGAAGAAGAAAUUGAAUAAAAAUAAAAUGAAUAACAUUGUUAGAAACUGCCACCUGCAAAUUUCCCUUCAGACUGGGGAAAAAACCAAGUAGCUGAGGAAAGACUUCCAUUGGUUCACUGUGUAGAAUGGUGGAGCAUUUUCUACUUGUGAGAUUAUUUCAUAACAUCAACAAAUGCCAGAAACUCAUUCAGAGAAAAAAAGCCAUAUGUGAAAAACAGUAACCCUGUCAUAUCUUUAGAGGAGAAAAAAAUGUAUAUUUCUUAACAAUUGAUGUUGUGACUUCUUAUGCAAAUGUUUGUCUUGCAUAUUAGUAACUUUUAUUAUCUUUAGGACUGUUUGUCAGGUACAAAUGUGUCUAGUUCUGUUUUAUUGUUUCUUUUUCCUUUGUAUUUAUGUAUUGCAUGAGGUCUGUGGUCAAUGCAAAAUCUUGAUGGCCUCAAUAUCUUUGAAAUUUCCAAUGUGUUUUUAAUAUGUAAGAAAUGUAAUCAACUUAUAUUUCAGUGAGCAGCACUUUAAAAAGAGUUUAACACGGUGACUUUUAAAUGGAUAGGACUUGGGUUGUCUUUAUGCUAAUGUUGCAUUGGAGUUGAGUUUUCCUUCAAUUACAUUCUUGUUUCCUUAUCUUCACGUCUCUCAGUGCUUCCUGUCCACCUUUGCUGUCAGCAUGGUUUUCCCAUGGCUAAAAGUAAGAUUUUCUUUUCUCUUUGUUCCUUGGCUGUAGGUCAUUGUUCUCUUCUCAGAGGCUGGCACAGUAACUGUUGUUCAGCGUAACGUGAGAUGGCAAAAUCUCACUGCUGUUGUUGCACCUCGAUUUGUGUUGUGACAUGCUUCUUGGAGGCAGAUGACUUGAGAGAGGAUGUACUGUGUGGCAGAGUGUUUUGCAGGACCAAAAGGCCAAAGCCAACAGAUGAGCAUUUCCUUCUCUUUCACACUGGGUGUCAUGCAGAAGACUUCCAGGCUGGGAGCAAAUGUGUGGGUGAUUCAGCUUUGAUACUCAUUUCCCCACAAAAUGGCCCUAGGAUUUGUGAAAGGGGAGCUUCCCAUCUUUCCCAGAUUUUGCUUCAAUUGUCCAGAAAGGCCAAGUAGUUUUGAAAUGUGGUCUUUGCUCAGGUCAUCUCUGAGCAGCCUGCAGCCAAAGAGAAAGUGUUUUCAGAUUGGGUAUUCAUCACCUCCGAAAAGCAAGCAGUGGGUUGACUUGCCUGCGGUGGAUUAAAUACAUCUUCAGGUAACCAUUUGCCUUAUAGGUGUAUUUUAUUGUUAGGAUGAUUUUUAGUAAUUGACUAAAAACUGUUUUGUCUCUCAUUUGUUUGUCGUUUUUGGCACUUUAUUAUGGACCAGUAAAGGUAUAGGUUAAUUCUUACAUUGUGUACUUACAAUGUCCUAAAUGCAGGCAUCUUCUGUGGGUAUUGUUGCCCAUGAAUAAAUACAUGUUCCCUAAUCAGGUCCUUAUAUUUUUUCAUUAACUAUACAUGAAGAAAAUAUAUUAUGUUACAAAUGAUGCAUCAUAUAUAUAUCUUAUAGAGUACAUAUUAUAUACGGCACAUUGUUCAUUUAAGAAGUCAUUAUUCUUGAGGCCCUACCUCAAAUUUUGUAUUUAUGUAAAAAAAUGCAAUUUAUUGUAUUAUAUAUUUGCCUAUUAUAUACUGAUAUAAAUUAGAAUUUACCCUAAUAAUGUAUGAGUUCACAAAACCCUAAAUAAAUGUCAGUGUUUAAAACAUAA